CCUCCUCUCCCCAACCUUGUUGUCAGCUCGUGCUCUCUCCUCCGUCAGCCGCUCCCGAAUCAAUUGUUUCUCGCCUAAUCAUCUCGGUCUCGUUCAUAAUACUGCUCGCCCACAAAUCCCCUCCCCCCUCAACAAGCAUUUCUCCCCCUUCAUCUACCAAUAAGCGCUCGCACCCAGUUUCUCCACCUCCAGCUUUCGAAUAUACCCCAUCAUGAGCAACCCCGCCCAGACUGCGCCUGCUCAGUCCAAGCCGACGAGUGCGCCCCCGCCCGCUGCUAAACCCGCUGCCCCAAAGCCAGCUAAGCCUAUCCCGAUCCCCAACGGCACUGCCCUUCUCAACGGGGGUACCGGCAUCUCCAAGCCUCGCCGCACGGCACGGUCUGAGGACGGACGGUUCGGGCGCUCGGAGGAGGAGGAACGCAGGGGAAGGAGCAGGGACGUCAGACCACUGCGAUGAUGUGACCCCAACGCGGUUCGCGUCGCACGCGCCACAAGUCUGCUCGCUGCCUGCUGGAUGGGAACGUGCCUCUGGAGGCGGCUGGGUGCGUACGCUGGAGUGACGCGAACGGGAUGGGACGGUCAGUGACGAAAAAGAAAAUUCUGUCAUCUCAUGCUUUUUUCACCCAUUACUUUCUACUCGACGCGACGAGGCAUGCAUGCACCCUCAUCCAUUCCUUUAAUCCCUCAUUCACACUUUCAUGUACUCGUACGCGCGGCGCUGUAUCCCCACUAACUGGUCCCAGCUGCAUUCAUCGAAUGAUGCACACAUAUUCCAAUUUCCC